CCAGCCGUCGAGAUUUUGUACUUUGCGUCACUCCUACACGUCAGAUGGUACCUACCCCAGCUGUAUCCGUGCCAUGUCGUGACAUUUUUUGCACAUCAACCUACGCGAGGUUACGAACUAACCUUGGGGUUGCCAGGAUUUUGACGCGGCGUCGCGAACAUGAAGUAGUGGCUUCCUGGCACUGCCGCGGGACUCCUCGAGCACGGAACCGCCGAAACAAGCUUUUUUUCUGUGCAUCUAUAGCUAACCGCUCGAGAAGUGCAUCCGAGAUACUUGAGCGCGCCAAGCGCUACACCAGCGACCUGACAGAGUUGGGUCUGACGAUGCCACUGAUCCGGCGAAACGUCGCUGGAGUGAAAAACGACCUCAAGGCACUGAAAGUGUACCAGGAGGCGCUGGACGGCAUCGAACCGGUAGACGAGGACGACUGGACGAGGCUUGAGUUGGUGCUGCUCGAUCUGAAUUCUCUUCGGUUGAAUAAGGCAGAGGAGGAGCUUUUUUGGGCUGAGCGGGACGGACAGAUAGUGUCGCCAAUCAUUGACAAUGCCGCUGGUCUUAGCGAAAAGGAGAAAUCGGAGGUCGGAAAUAUCGUCGCGAAUAUAACUAUGUGGAGCGUGCAGGGCGCGGUCUGGAACGCUCUCAUUCUGCUCAUUAUCUUCAUAACACUGGUCAACUUUGUGCUCAAGUAGGCAACAAGCAAAAAGGGCAAGUUGUUGCUUCGGUAAAGUCAGCUUGUCAGCCAAACAUAGCAGUCGUGUUUUAUUGUUAAGCCCUAUUUCCUGCAAAGCCUGAAUUACUGAACUGGCACAGGGCCCUCCUGUAUGUUUCAAUUCAAAUCUUUCGUAUUUCUACAAAGUCAUUUGACUGUUUCGCUAGAUCCGAAAUGGGAGUGCGGCCUCUCCUUUUCAUAUAGUCUGCAACCUGUCUCAAUUCUUUGUGUGAAACAAAAAUAAACUUACCCCUGUCAUCC